CAACAGCAAAACCAAAAUCAAAAUCCUCUGUUUUUGCUCUGUUUUGUUGGAACUUGGAACCCCCAAAUGACCAACCAGAAGCCCGCUGUUCCGGACGCCAAAUCGCGUAUCGGCGUGGCCUUCACUGUCGCCCACCUCGCCGGCCUCAUGGCCAACAUGUCUCGGAAGAAGCUUUUGAAGAGAAGCGAAAAUGGCAAUGGCAAUGGCAGAGGCAGAGCCAUUGCCUGCUCUGUUGAUUCCAUGAGGGCUUCUUCCCCGACUCGUCUCAACUCUCCCAUUUCUCUCCCCCAAUCCAAACCCUCUUGGAUCCUCCAGCUUCCGUCUGCACUCAACAUGUUCGACCAAAUUACAACCGCCUCCAAAGGCAAACAAAUAGUCAUGUUUUUGGACUACGAUGGCACUCUUUCCCCAAUCGUCGAAGAUCCCGAUCGAGCAUUCAUCACUAAUGAGAUGAGAGCAGCUGUAAGAAAUGUUGCGUCAUGUUUUCCAACCGCCAUAGUCAGCGGAAGGUGUAGAGACAAGGUUUAUGAUUUCGUAAAAUUAGCAGAAUUGUUCUAUGCAGGGAGCCAUGGCAUGGACAUACAAGGCCCAACACAAGGCCAUAAAGGAAAUGAAGCAGUGCUUUUCCAACCGGCAAGUGAGCUGCUACCCAUGAUUGACGAGGUACAUAAAACUUUGUCAGAUAUAACAAAGUCGAUUACAGGAGCUAAAGUGGAAAACAACAAGUUCUGUCUAUCUGUUCAUUUUCGCUGCGUCGAUGAAAAAAGAUGGGGUGCAUUAGCCGACCAAGUUGAAUCCGUGGUUAAUCAGUAUCCCGAAUUGAUCCUCACUAUCGGAAGAAAGGUGUUAGAGAUUCGUCCUGCCAUCAAAUGGGACAAGGGCAAAGCUCUCGAAUUCUUGCUCGAGUCCUUAGGGUUUGCAAAUUCUAGUGAUGUUCUGCCUGUUUAUAUUGGCGACGAUCGAACCGACGAGGACGCAUUCAAGGUUUUGCAGAGCAAAGGAUUAGGGUUUGGAAUCCUUGUCUCAAAGUUCCCAAAAGAAACUUCUGCUUCUUAUUCAUUGCAAGAACCAUCCGAGGUGGAGGAGUUUCUAUGCCGUCUGGUAGAGUGGAAAAGAUCAAUGGGAUUAACAAAAUAGGAAGAAAGAAGAGAGUGAUUUAAGGAUUUUAAUUCACUCAAAGAGUGGAUUAUAUUUUAUUUUUCAAAUUAAUUCUCUAUUUUAUGUUUAUGUAAUUUUAUGCCCAUUAUUAAAUAUCAAUGCCUAAUUUUUAUGAGAGACAA